AUGAAACUGAAGCGGGCAACAACCAGCAACACCACCACCACCCGACCACCUCAACGACAACAACAACAACAACAGCAACAAUUUUGUCAGGACGGUGGUUGUAGCCCGUUUCACGGGUUGUCUUCGGUGCAUGAUCAAGCUUCGCAGCGGGUAUUCGGCAUAACACAACACCCGGAGCUGCUUCAGACGAUGAAGAUCUCUGGAUGGGCCGCCUUCCGAGCUCCGGACCCUGGAGCUCGUGGUGGAACUUCUAUGGCGACCGUUUGGUGA